AAAUGACACAAACCUCGCCCAAAGGUGCUUCUUCACCUUCUCUGCUAUUCAUCACCAAACCAUCAUCACCUACAAAACAACGAUCCUUUGAUACCCGAAACUUUUCGAAACCCAACAAUAUUCUAAACGAAUACAAAUUUCAACUCCCGCUAGGAGAACUACAAACCAUCAUUCUAUCAAACUUUCUAAAGGAUGUUUCCCACUCAUUCACCCUUCCAUUUGAUGAUUUUCUCGAUCGAGGUUUUCAAGAUUCGUUCGUCCAACUUUUUCAUGAAUUUCUCGAACUUGAGCAAAAUGUUAUGACUUUGAAGUUUAUCUUUAAAUUGGAUGAAUUCAAAUUGCUGAAAUCUGCAAAGAAUAGAUUUAAAUUAGGACACGAAUUGGUUGAUAUUUAUGUAAAGGAUUGUUCUGCAAAUCAACUAAACUUGCCGAAUCAUGUGAAGGAAAAUUUUAUGAAAGAAUUUGCCAAGUGUUCGAUUAAGGAAACACCAGUUACGAUAUUUGAUCCGAUUUUUUCACAUAUUCACUAUAGUUUGGGAACUGAUAAUUAUAUGAGAUUUGUUGGAAGUGAUCUGUAUGCAAAAUUUGUGUUAGAUCAAUCGGCAAUGGAAUUUAGAAAGGUUUCGAAAAUUUCAAUCAAUCAAGUUUGUGACUUUUUAGAACGAUUUUAUAUUCAGAUGGGCUGUAGAAAGAUGUCUGAUAAUUUAUCAUUGUCAGACAAGUUGGUGCAAGCUAUUCAAGAUCGAGAAUCGAAUCAGGUUUCGAAUGAAAGUUUCGAAAUUGAGGGAGCUAAAGUUUGUUCAUCACCAAAAUCGAGCAGAGCUUUUUCACCAAAUUCAGAAGAUACAGAAUCUUACCCAUAUGAUGGAGACUCAGAUUUUAAAUCUUCACUUCAUGUAAUGCCUUCUUCAUCCAAAGUGUUUGAGGUAUUAGAAAGUGUAAUGUUAGACGGAAGUGGAAUAGUCCAAGAUAAGCACUAUACACUUUUUAAAAUGCUUCACCAAGAUGAAGGUAUUUGGCAUCAAUCUGGAGUGAAUGGAGAAACCACUUCGUACUAUACCGAACUUAAUUUGAAACAUUACAAUUCAGAUUCGAAACGAAAGUUAAAAAAGGAAAAAUUCAAGAUUUUCAAAGAAACUGGUAUUGUGAAAGCAUCCACAGAUGAAGUUAUCCGAAUCAUGUUUGAUUCCUACUUUUCAAAAGAAGCAGUUGAGGAAACUUCGCACAUUGAUUAUGUUCAGGGAGAUAUCUAUUCCUGUAUUAUUAGUCAAUUGUGUGUAAAGAAGAAUUUCCCACUCACUUCCAGAUAUUUCCAUGUUGGUCUCUCAGCAAGAGAUGAAACUCUUCACGAAUGGCACAUUGGAAAGGAAAAUAAGAAUCAAGAAACCUUUAGUUCUAUUUGCAAUUCGAAACAAUCAAGUUAUUGGAUAGCCAGACUUCCAAUUCACAACUCCAAAUUUCAACCACCAAAAGGACACACCAAGGGGUCUCUAUUUGGAGGGUCUUACAUUGAGAGGAUUUCAAAUACCGAGUGCAGAUACUCCAUGAUGAUUUAUUUUGAUAUGAACAGCUUUCUUCCACUCACCAUGUGGAAAUCCAAUAAGAAUUCAAAAUCUGAUUUGAUUUCCAACUUUAAUGAACUCGUUAGGGAACGUAGAGAACAAAGCACCGAUUCAAUCGACUCCCAAACAAUUAAUACCAUUAUUGAUUAUCGGAAAAACAUUGGAAAUUUAUAUGGAUUUACUUUGAAUUAAUUAUUUAACAAUAUUGUUAAAUAAAUUGUUGUGGAUUAUAGUUUUAUGAAACAGUCCUUAAUAGAAUAAAAAAAAUGCAAAAGCAACCUCCUGC